AUGGUAGCCGUCUUAGUUCUGCUGAGUUCGGUGGAGGCUCAGCGUAGGAGGAACACCACGUUGGCAUCAACUACAACGACCUCCGAGCUGACAACAAUCGCCGAUGUCACCAAACCCGCUCCAGAGUCGUCAACAGCACCCUCCACCAUCCUGAAAUUCGUGGACGCCCUGCGUCAAGCCCUCGAACGCAGACGUGCCGAACGUCAACAGCGCAUCGAGGAACGGCGCGCCAACGCUCUGAAGGACCUCGGUAACCUCAGCGAUCGUCAGCGGGAGUACGAACUGCAACGUGCGGAACGUAAACAAACCCUCGAAGAAGAGCGCGUGGCCCGCCGUCGUGAAAUGGACGCUCGCCGAGCCGGUCGACUGCCCUCCCGGGAGCUGGACCGCGUCAAUCGGCUGCGUCAGCUAAGACUGCUAGCGGAGGCCGUCACCAACGAAGUCAGCCCGGACGAGAACGAAGUGGACGGAAGCAUCCGGUCCGGCGACGUCGUUCGGCGCAUCGUGCUGAUUGAGGAAGCCAACGGUAACGUGCGGCUCGUUGAUCUUGACUCCGACGAAGGUCGCAAGCUGCUGUCGCGGGUAACGGCAGCCGUAGAGAGUAGCGGGGCUGAAGAGGUGAAGCCGGCAGAUGACCAGCAGGCAGACGCGAACAAGCUCAAGCUGAAGCUGGGACAGUUGUAA